AUGGCCGACAUGGAUGACGCGAUGAUGAUCUUAAUUCCUGCGACGCCUGUGUUCGGUGAAGCCAGUGCUCAAGGGAUUCGCGAGACUGUCCGGCGGGAAGUGGACUUCCUCCGAACGAUGGAGUGCGUGGUGUGUAGAAACCAGGAGGUAGACUCCAACGUCAUGACAGCACCAUGUGGUGAACUCUACUGCGGCGGAUGCGUCAAUGAGGUCUUCGAUCGUGCCGCAAAGCAUGAGUUCAAUUUCCCGCCAAAAUGCUGCGGCCAAAUCAUCACACUUGCAAACGCUGAAUCAUUCCUAUCUUCGGAUAUCUACGACAAGUUCCAGAAGAAAUCCGAGGAAUAUUCAACGACAAAUCGAACCUACUGCUCCGAUCCUGAGUGUGUAACCUUCAUUUCACCAAAGGCAGUUGAUGACGGCCAAGCAAAAUGCCCUGCUUGUCAAAAGUUGACGUGCAUCGUGUGCAAAGAAGAAGUUCAUGAGGGUGGCUGCCUCGAGGACCCGGCCGCUCAGUCUCUUAUGACAGCCGCGGCUGAGGCGGGCUUUCAACAAUGCCAAGAGUGCAAGAGGAUGAUUGAGCGGAUUAAUGGCUGCGACCACAUCACGGACGAGGGAGAUCCGUUGGAUGAAGCCGAGGGUUUUUUACAAUAUGCCGUUGACCACGUUUUGCACAUUCAUGAAGAUAAUCGCAUCGUCUGGAGAAUCCCCGCCGCCGCCGGCGCAUAG